AUGAAUGAUUUUAUCAAUGUAGAGAAUGGUGAUAAGGUUGAUGAGGGGCAUGAUAACUCUUUUAGCAUGGAUAAUACAUCUAUUAAUGGUGUUAGAGGGGCUAGAGUUGUUGAUAGAAAAGGAAGAUUUUUUCAAACAAAUAAUAAAAGAAAAGGCGAUGGAGUUGUGGAUGGGAGGUCUUGUAUGCCAAAUGUUGCUCUCACGAGAGGUGUCGCUAAAAAUAAAUGUAAUUUGAUGAUGCCUUCUACGAUUAUGGAGAACAGUUGUGAGCUGCAUACUGAUUCGCCUCAAUUAGUAGAUAAUGUGGAUGGGGAGGGGGUAGCCGAAUCACCAUCACAACCUCCUAGUUUUAGACGAGAUCAAUCUUCUACGUCUCACAGAUCUUCCAAGAUCCUUAAAAAGAAAGUCUCGGUUGUUUUUGAUGAUAUAGAAGAUGUGUUGAAGCAAUAUUUUGAAAUGGGUGGCCUUCUCGGGGAGGCGAGUGAAAGGUUUGGUUCUGUUUUUUGCUCUACUUCUUCUCAGUACUUUAACGAGUUCAUUAAAGAUGUUGGUCUUAUUGAUGUGCCUAUGGUUGGAAAACGGUUUACUAGAGUUGAUGCCAUAGGUGCUAAACUUAGUAAGCUUGAUCGGUUCUUGGUCUCGGAUGCAGUUUAUGAUUGUUUUGAUCAUCUUCAGGUCUCGGUGUUGGAUAGGAAAUGGUCGGAUCAUUGUCCUAUCUUGCUUCACUAUAAUAUGGUUGAUUUUGGGCCUUCUCCUUUUAAAUUCUUCAAUUCUUGGCUUUCUUUGGAGGUUUUUGCAGAUGUUGUUAAAGGAGUUGUGGCUGAUUUUACUAAGUCGGAUGCGUAUGUUUCUUCAAAUCAAUUGUUGGAGCGAUUGGUAGAGAUUGAUAAUUUUAUCGAUGAUGGAGAAGCAAGUGAUGACCUAAUUCGGGAAAGAAGAGGAAUUCUUGGAGAUUUGUCGAAUUUGGAAAAAGUUAGAUCUCUGGAUGUUGCUCACAAGGUUAAAUCUACUUGGGCGGUGGAGGGAGAUGAGAAUUCUGCGUUCUUUCAUGCAUUAUUGAAAAAACGUAGAAGUUUCGAUCGUCGAAGACCUAGAUUCAAGUCUUUGGAUCUGAGGGUUGCUUCUUCUAUUGAGGUGGGGUUCACGGCUGAAGAGAUUAAAAAUGCAGUUUGGGAUUGUGGUGUUGAUCGUGCCCCUGGUCUGGAUGGAUUUACUUUUCGUUUUCUCAGAUAUUUUUGGGAGAUCCUUGCUGAUGAUGUUAUUGCUUUUGUGCAAGAGUUUUUUUUCCAAACCGGUCUUUCCGAAGGGGUGUUGGCCCCUGUUCUUCAUGAUAUUAUUGGGUCUGAGCAAUCGGCUUUUCUCCAGUCCCGUCAAAUUCUUGAUGGCCCAUUGAUGGUUAAUGAGAUUGUUAGGUGGUUCAAAAAGAAAAAGAAAAAGCUUAUGAUGUUUAAAGUUGAUUUUGAAAAAGCUUAUGAUUCUGUGAGCUGGGAGUAUUUGGAUAAGGUCAUGGGGUUUCUCGGUUUUGGUGAGAAAUGGAGAGCCUGGAUUCGUGGCUUGUGCUCUAAUGCUAGAUCUUCGGUGUUGAUUAAUGGGAGCCCUACUGAUGAGUUUCAGCUUUUCAGAGAUCUCAGACAAGGAGAUCCCAUUUCUCCUUUUUUAUUCAUUAUAGCUAUGGAAGGGCUUCAUAUUUUAGAGGAUGCGGUUGCUGAAGGGGUGUUUCGGGGUGCUCCAUUGGGUUCGGAUGAGGUCCGUAUUUCUCAUUUGUUUUAUGCAGAUGACGCAAUUUUUCUAGGGGAGUGGGAUGUCUCUAAUAUCCAGAACUUGAUUCGUAUUCUGAGGUGUUUUUAUUUGGUGUCGGGCCUAAAACUCAAUCUCAUUAAAUCAAAUCUUUAUUGGGUAGGGGUUAACCAGGUGGAGAUUGCUUCUUUAGCUUCUUUUACCGGAUGUUCGGAUGGAACUCUUCCCUUUGUUUAUCUUGGUAUUCCGAUUGGAGAAUCUAUGGUUCGUCUUAAAGGUUGGCAGAUUAUUAUAGACUGUUUUAAGAAGAGAUUAUCUUCUUGGAAGGUCAAGUUGUUGUCCAUUGGAGGUCGUCUGACCCUUAUUAAUUCGGUUCUAGGGAGUUUGGGUAUUUACUUAUUCUCUUUGUUUCGUCUUCCAGUGAUUGUAUGUCACUCUCUAGAGGUUCUGCGGGCUCGGUUUUUUUGGGUAGUGGAUGAGGGUCAACAUCGUAUUCAUUGGGUGAAUUGGAAGUUGAUUUUGAACUCAUAUGCUCAUGAAGGUCUUGGGUUUGGUAGUUUGGAUGCUUUUAACCUCGGUCUUCUUGAGCUCUUUGGUUUAAAAUUGUUAAAUUUUAUCAUGGGGAAGGUGGUGAGUGGUGGGGAAUGGGACUCAAACGAGGUUCUGGAAGGGUAUUUGGUGCUUGGAUAUUCCUCUCAGGGAACAGUUCAGGAGGCUUUUGCUUUGGUCGUUAAUCAAGAUGCUCGGUGUUCGGUUGCUGAUCAGGUUUGGAGUCAGGUUGGGCAUUGGCUUCAUUUGGACCUUCCUGUUUUUUCAUCUAUCUGUGAUGUGAUGGAUUGGGUGGAUUCUAGACCGACGAUUCAUAUGGAACGCCCGAUUGUUAAGUUGGUGUUCAUGGUGGUCAUAUGA